UCUUUUGUAUACUCUAUCAUUGAUAUGUCACUCAUUGCAGUAAUAGCUAAAAUAUAAAUUAUCAUCAAUUAAAUCAUCGAGAUGACUGAUAUUAAAUCGUUAUUAAAAGAAGCAAGAAAAUUAAUAGAUGAAAAAAAUUUCAAAGAGGCUCAGGAAUGUUGUAAAAACAUUCUAAGAAAAGAUAAGCAGAAUUAUUUAGGGUUAGUGUUACUGGGUAAAGCUCUUAAUGAAUCUGAUCAAGCUCCGCUAGCAUAUCAAAAAGCUAUUGCAGCAAAACCUGAUCAUCCUUUAGCUUGGGUUGGUCUAGCAAAUUACUAUGAACGAAAAGAUGAUGAUGUGGCUAAACUAAAACUAAUUCCUAUAUAUGGAGAAAUAUUAAAGCUACAAAUAGAUGAAGAAAAAGCAUUAGAAUGCAUAACAAAACUUGGGCAACUCGGUAUAACAUUGAAAAAAGGUAAAACCCUAUUUACAUUAGCUGAGUUUAUGAAAAAUAUUCAAGAUGGUAAACUGCAUGAAGCAGCCCAGGAAAAAUUACUUGUUUUGCUUAAAGCAGAUAUUAUAUGUGAAGAAGAAGAUAUUUCAAUAAUUUUAGAUGUUUUUACUCACAUAUACAACAAGGAACCAAGUGAAUCCUUACAAAUAUUAUGGGGCAAAUUAAUCUUACAGAAACAAAACUUCAACAAUUCUGUGAUAGAAGUGAUACAACUCUCAUUUUUCUCUGAAAAUGUUGUUUUGAGAGAAAUGUUAUGUAAAUAUUUGUGUGAAAAGUUUGUUGUUAAUAAUUCCUUUUUAGAUUUCCCUAUUGAAUCUUACUAUGAGAAAAUAACAACAGGAAUUGAAAACUCCAAAUAUCCUGGUUUGUUACAAAGUAUGAUCUACUAUAGUAAAGGUUUAUACCUUGAAGCUUAUAGGCAGUCUGUCCCUUUGAUCAAUUACCAAGAGGCAGAAGUCACAGAAGCUACAUUCAUUAUUAGAUGUACAAUAAAGUUAAAGAAGUGGCCAGUGACACAAAAACUUGUUACAAACUUUUUAACAAAAGUAAAGGAUCUUAAUUUUGCAAAUGAUUUAAAGAAAAUGUUGUUUUUGUCUCUUGCUGAACAAAAGAAAUGGAAACAUGCUGUUAAUAUAAUCAAAGAAUUUCCAAUGGAAAGUUUGAGUAUAAGUGAACAGUCUUAUUUUGCAAAAUGUUUAAUUGAAAUAAAUGAACCAGUUGAUCAUAUAAUCCAGAAAUUAAAAUCAACAGAGCACUAUUUGGAACUUCAAGCAUUAUAUUAUUUGAAAGAGAAAAAGUAUACAGAAGUGAUAACGUUGCUGGAAAAUGAAAACUGUAAUAUGUUACAUUUUCUUUAUAUGGGUAUUGCUUAUUGGGAACAGAAACAAUAUGAAAAAUGUCUCUUGAAUCUACUGAAAGCUGCAAAAAUGGAUUCAGAGCAUCCAGAUACAUUUUUGUAUCUAGGAUAUUAUUAUUAUUACUAUAAAGAAGAUGUAAGCAAAUCAAAGAAAUGUUUUGAAAAAGCCUAUAGUAUAAAUAAUACUGAUACUAAUAUUAUUAAACAUUUAAGUGAGGUUUAUUCUAAAUUACAAUUAAAAAAUGAAGAUUUUGAAUUAUUAAAUAAUGCAAAGAAUUGUUUGAAAAUGACCGAAUGGAUAGACUUCAAAUUAGGACUACAUUAUUUAAGUAGAAGAGAAUGGGAUAAUGCCAUAAAUAAUUUUAGAAAUGUUAUCAAAAUGAAUCAUAAUAAUUUGAAUGCAUUUGAAUGUUUAGCUGAUGCAUAUUAUUCUCGAGGUUCUUACACAUCAGCACUAAAAGCUUAUAACAAGGUUAUAUCACUAAGCCCAGAAAGAAGCUCUCAUUGUUUAACUCGAAUUGGGUAUAUCUACUCUUUACUAACAGAAUAUGAGAAUGCUAUUUCAACGUUUGAAGCCGUAUUGAAAGUUGACCCAUCUUCGUUAUUGGCUUUAAAGGGAAUUUCCGAAACAUGGAUGAGAAUUGCAAAGAAAAAGUUUAACGCUAAAUUAUAUGGCAGUGCAAGAGACACUGCCCAGUUUGCUGUGAACUAUUUAACAAAAGCUUUAACGAUAGAAAAAAAACAUUCCUGUUUUUGGAAUCUGUUGGCUGAAUCUCUUGUAUUCAUUACUAAAUUACCAAAUAAAUAUUCUUUUGUAUAUAUGAAAAAUACACAGAGUGAUUUUGAGGAAGGAGUGGUUAAAAAAGAAAAAAGUGUAAUUUUUCCACAAAUUCUAGCUUGCUAUUCUCGAGUUGCAAAACAGAAGCAGCAAAUAACAUCAUAUGAUUUAGCAUCUGUUUAUCUAUCUUAUUAUCACGAAACCAAAAAUUUAGUACAUUUACAAAUAUCUUUUAAUUUGGCACUUGCUUGCAUAAAAAUGAAACCCUCUGUAUGGAAGAACUGGAACUUAUUGGGUAAAAUAUGCAUGUUUUUGAAAAAAUAUGAUAUUGCGCAACACUGUUUCAUCAAAGCCUUAUUAUUAACACGUAAAUGGUCAAUAGCAAAGGUAUGGUGCAACCUAGGAACAUUAUAUGUAAAACUGCAGCUUUGUAAACUUGCCAAUUACUGCUUUUGGAGAGGUCAAUCUACAUUGCCAUCUUAUCCUCAAAGUUGGAUUGGACAAGGCAUAAUAGCAGAAACAAUUAGGGAAGAAGAAGCCAUGGAUCUAUUUCGACAUGCAUCGCGCCUCGGUUAUCAUCCAGAAAGUGCACUUGGUUAUGCUGAUUGGGUUUGCCGUACCUUAAAGAAUGAAGAUUGUCAACGCGAUACUGAUCUGAAGUAUGUCAUAGAGGGUCUUCACGCAGUAACCUAUGCUAUAGAUUUGGUUGAGUGGUUUUCUAGUUUUGAACCUGAUAAUGCUUGUGCAUGUACAAUUCUAGGAAUAUUACAAGAAAGAAACGGACUUUUACGAAGUGCAUUAAAAAGCUAUGAAAAAGGUUGUGAUAAUGCUGAAGAUGACAAAAAAAAUAUUACUCUUUUGAAUAUAGGCAGAAUUCAAGUUAGAAUAGGAAAUUAUGAUGAUGCUAUUAACACUUACAAGGCUAUUACAGAAGCAAGUUUAGACUCUACGUGUGGAUUAGCUCUUGCACUUUAUAAAAAAGGUCUGUAUGAGGAAGCAUAUUCAGCUUAUGAUACUGCUCUGCAUUGGUUAAGCAACAAUGACAAUGAAAAGGCGGAUCUUCUUGUUGCCAUGGCUGGUAUAGCUUACAUGUAUAAGGGUGUUGAUGAUGCAAAAACAUUACUAUUUCAUAGUAUUCAAAUAUCACAGAAAAAACCCACACCAUACAGUUUAUUCGCAAUUUGCUCAUUAGGCAUUGCCCAUUCUGAUCAAAGCUUAUCAAAAUUAGCUUUAAGUGAAUUACAAAAAUAUGAGCAUGACCCAGAUUUUGGAUACGAUAUAGGAUUUUUAAAAUCGUACCUAGUUGGUGAUGACAAUGUUGAAUUAGGUAUUAAAUUGUUAAGUGAUUCACUUCAAAACCACCCCAGUAAUGCCAAUCUUUGGUUUUGUCUAGCCCAAUAUUGCUUAAAAGCUUCAGACAAAGCGAAAAUCGCUAGUCGUUGUGCUCAGCGAGCAAUUAUUUCUGCCCGUUAUAGUGAACAAGAUUGUAAUUCACCAAAAAUGCUUGCGACUGCUAGCAUAGCAGAACAUGUCGCCGGUGACCGUACUAAAGCUAUGGUUAUUGCCAAAGAAGGUCUCCAUAUGUAUCCAUGUCAAUCUGAAGUAUGGGCGGCAGUUUUACUAUCCAUAUUAAACAACAAAAUUUGGUUAGAGAAAAAAGACUGGAUAUUAAGUGCUAUUGUAAAUAUGCGGCGAAAUUUAGACAUUUCGAGACCACUGAGCAGGUGGGUUACCUUAUUGGAAAAAAAAUUAAGCAAGCUAUUACAGUUAUGAGAUAUAUCUAUUAAGUAAUAUUGAGUUUUAGAAUUUGAUUAUGCUUAUAUAAAUAAUAAUGCAUCAUAU